GCUUAUCUAAUUGGAUUGUACUUUUUAAUUUUUCCAGGUGGCAGAAAAAAAAAAGAAAAAAGAAAAAUAAAAAUUCGAGAACCUCGUGAGUCGUGAGUUCAGCUCCCCACCACAUGAUGUAAUCCUGUUCUAAUCAGCGGUCAAAAAGACUGGCGGUGACCCUGGUCGAGUCAGCGCCCCAGCCAAAUAAGCACCCCUUUUAUCUCUCGCCUUCUCGCCCUUUGUGAUUUUUUUUCAAUUCCUCUCUCUCUCUUGCUCACACAUUCACAAUGGCUCCCCUCAAGCUUAACAACAAGAACUUGUCCCAAAUUGCGGCGGCAGGUGAGGCCCAGGUCAAGGCUCCAACCUACCAGCGCGGUGGCGCCGUUAAGGAAGGAAUUGUUCACGUCGGCGUCGGCGGCUUUCACCGAGCUCAUUUGGCUGUCUAUGUCGACCAGUUGAUGCAGAAGCAUGGUGUGACAGACUACGCAAUUUGCGGUGUUGGCUUGCAGCCCUUUGACGCCGCCAUGCGCGAUGCCUUAGGAUCACAGGACCACCUCUACACCGUCAUUGAGCGUUCGGCCAAGGGCAGCUUUGCCCAUGUUGUUGGUAGCAUCAAUUCCUAUCUCUUUGCCCCCGAUGACCGUGAAGCCGUCAUCGCCAAGAUGGCGCACCCGGAUACCCACAUUGUGUCGCUCACCAUCACUGAGAGCGGUUACUAUUACAACGAGAACACACACGAGCUGCAAAGUGAGCACCCUGACAUCCAGUUCGACCUCCAACCGGCCAACGAGAAGGCCCCCCGCACCACGUUCGGCUUCCUCUAUGCCGCUCUGGCACGCCGCUACCAGCAAGGGCUCAAGCCCUUCACCGUCAUGUCCUGCGAUAACAUGCAAAAGAACGGCUCCAUCACACGCCACAUGCUCGAGUCCUUUGCACGUCUACGCAACCCCGAGAUCGCGAAGUGGAUUGCCGAACAAGGUGCCUUCCCCAACGCCAUGGUCGACCGUAUCACCCCUCAGACAUCCGCCACCGAUAAAACGGCCCUCGCAGACAACUUUGCCAUCGAGGACUCGUGGCCAGUCGUCACAGAGCCCUUUAUGCAGUGGGUCAUUGAGGAUCAGUUCUCCGAUGGUCGCCCACCAUUUGAGAAGGUCGGUGCCCAGGUGGUCAAGAAUGUCCAUGACGUUGAGCAGUUCGAAAAGCACAAGCUGCGCCUGCUCAACGGCAGCCACUCGGCCAUAGGUUACCCGGGGCAGCUGGCAGGCUUCAAAUAUGUCCAUGAGGUCAUGGAGCACCCGGUGUUCAGUAAGUUCGUGUGGCAAAUGAUGCAGGACGAGGUGAAGCCGCUGUUGCCUGAGAUCCCCGGCGUCAACAUUGAUGAGUACUGCAAGACGCUCAUCGAGCGCUUCUCCAACCCAACCAUCAUGGACCAACUGCCUCGCAUCUGCCUCAACGCGUCCGGCAAGAUUCCACAGUUUAUCAUGCCUUCGAUCGCUGAGGCGAUCUGGGUUACUGGCCCAUUCCGUCGCCUGUGCUUCGUCGCCGCCGCUUGGUUCCAUUACAUUAACGGCGUCGACGACAGUGGCAAGACGUUCGAGGUCGACGACCCGAUGCGCGAGGAGCUCCAGGCCAAGGCCCGCACAGGAGGCACCAACCCGGCCGAGCUGCUCAGCAUCAAGAGCCUGUUCGGUGACGAUUUGCGCGGCGACAAGCGGUUCAUCCAGGAGAUCACCAGGGCGAUGGAGGACAUCGCACGGGAUGGCAUCCUGAAGACGCUUCCCAAGUACGUGGACUGAGCGCCACCGCUAGGCGCUCUUGGCUUAAUAUAUGCGGUAUACCUGUGUCUCUGAUAUUUACGUUUUCUUUGUAUGUGUUAUAUACGGGAAUGGUUUUACAAGAAAAGUGCGAUAUAGAGAUAGAUAAUGAUAGAUAAAUUUUUUAAUUGUUACUUGACUAUUCAGAUCAUAAUUGAUUCUAUUUAUAGGAGGAUUUUGGCUGCAUAUUCUCUUUAAAUAGUCUAGAAUAGUCGAUUG